AUGCGAGUUUGCUUACGGAGGGCGUUGUCGCUGUCACAGACUUCCGCUGCUGUUGUAACUCCCCGUCUCCUGUCGCGACCUGUCAAUGUGCGUCCUAUAUGGAGGUUGGCAAAGUCGUCGCGCCACAUAGGGGGAUCGUUCUCUACUUAUCCCAAUGUCUCCUAUGUGGAAGCGGAGGUGGCUCGAGAUGAACAGCAGGACAGUGAAGACAAUGCCUUGGAGCAGGUAAUCAAAGGACAAUUACCAUACAGCUGUCCGGGUUGCGGUGCGCCAACGCAAACUGUAGACCCCGAUGACGCUGGAUAUUUCAGCACUACACGAGGAGCUGUAAAAGCGUACUUGAGACAUCAAGCGCAACCGUCACAGACCACAGAAGAUGCCAUUUUCGCAAAUGCGUUACAGGAGGCAAAGUUGGAUACCCUCCAGGAGUUGGGGAUCCGGGACCUCUCCAAAGCCGGCGCAACCCUCUCAACAUCUCCAUCGGCACCAAUAUGCGACCGAUGCCACAACAUCCUCCACCAUUCCACCGGCGUCUCCGUCGUCCACCCGACCCUCAACUCCCUCGAAGCGACUAUGGACGAAUCCCCCUACAAAUACAACCACAUCUACCACGUCAUCGACGCUGCGGACUUCCCCAUGUCCGUCAUUCCCAACAUCUACCGCACCCUCAACCUCGCGCGACCGCGGACGCAAAAUCGUCGGUCGAAGCACAUCAACUGGCACCAAGGUCGAGUGACCCAGCUCAGCUUCAUCAUCACGCGAAGCGACCUGCUCGCGCCGAAGAAGGAGCAGGUGGAUCAUAUGAUGUAUUACCUGCAAUCGGUCUUGCGCGAUGCGCUGGGCCAUAGGGGCCAGGAUCUGCGGCUGGGAAACAUCCACUGCGUGAGCUCCAAGCGCGGCUGGUGGACGCGCCAGGUGAAGGAUCUGAUCUUCGAGCGGGGCGGGGGGAACUGGAUGGUCGGGAAGGUGAACGUCGGAAAGAGCAAUCUGUUCGAGGCCGUCUACCCGAAGGGGAAAGGAGACGAUGUCAAUAUCCAGAAAAUGCGGCAGCAGGUGAGGGCCGCAUCGGGGGGCGAACGACCGGACGCAUAUUCUCCACUCGACGAUCCAGGGCGAGGUGCGUCAGGUCAAGAUGAUCUAGCUCUCCUUCCUCCGCCACAACCAGAGGUUCCUUAUCCGGUCAUGCCAACGAUAUCUUCACUUCCGGGGACCACCGCAUCCCCUAUUCGCGUCCCGUUCGGGAACGGAAAAGGCGAGCUGAUCGAUCUCCCCGGCUUGGAACGCCACUCCCUCGAGCCGUACGUGCAGCCCGAGCAUCAAUCCAAACUCUGCAUGACGUCUCGCGUUGUUGCCCAGCGGCUCACCAUCAAGCCCAAUCAAUCUCUGCUGCUCGGCGGCGGCCUCGUCCGCAUCAAGCCCGUGACUGAGGACGUGAUCUUCCUCGCCGCCUCCUUCGUGCCAGUGGAACUCAAACCGCACGUCACUAGCAAUUGGAAAGCGGGGGAGUUCCAGACUGGCACCCGCAACAAGGAGACAGGCCUUGAAGUCAUCACGACGGACGACGCGAAGGCGCAUAUCAAGAGUGCUGGACGGUUUCCACUGCGGUGGGACGUCACCAAUCAGCAGGCCGGUCCGCUGACAAGAAAGGAUGAUGUGGCCUUGAAACCAGACCGGUUGCCGUUCCGGGUCAUGGGGGCGGACAUCCUCAUCGAGGGGUGCGGAUGGAUCGAGAUCACCGCGCAGAUACGGAAGGGAAAGCGACUUAGGCAGCUACCUGCGGAGGGGGCAGCCGAAGGUGAUGAGAAGCAAGAUGCGUCCACUGAGGAUAAUGGCGAGACAAGUCAGAAUUGGUAUCCGAGGGAGGGGGCCGAAGAAGAGUAUCCUAUGGUUGAGGUAUUCACGCCGUACGGCAAGCACAUUGGCAGCCGACAGUGCAUGAAUGGAUAUCUCAUCGGCGGACCGAAGCCGAAGACGGCCGCGGAGAAAAUGAGGAAGCGACCUAGGAUGAGCAUGAAGAGCGUGAAAGCCCAGCGACAGCCGCAGAAUUAG